GGGGCAGCCGUGUUGGUCUGAAGCAGCAGAACAGAGUUCGAGUCUAGAAGCACCUUUAAAACCAACGAAUGCUUAGUCAGGGGGAAAGCUUGAGUGUGCACGCGCACACGCACUUCGGUUGCAUUGAAGUGGAAGUUACCAGUCCGUACAUAUAGUCGAAGGUGACCCAAGAGAAGGGGAAGGAGAUGGAAGAGGGCCCAGAAGGACCUGUAAGAGACAAGAGAUCAAGGAAAAGUCCUCAUCCCAGCUCCAUUGGGAGUGGAGUGGAAUAUUGGCAAAGAGCUAUGCCAGAGAUCCUGUCUCAGGAUACAAUGACUGCAGAUGUACACAACCAAUGCUUCCGGCAGUUCCACUACGAUGAGGUUGAUGGACCUCGAGAGGUUUGCAAUCAUCUCCAUGGACUUUGCAACCAAUGGCUGGAGCCAGAUAGGCGCACCAAGAAACAGAUCCUGGACCUGGUGAUCCUGGAGCAGUUCCUGGCCAUCCUGCCCCAGGAAAUGCAGUUCUGGGUCAGAGGAUGUGAGCCAGAGACCAGUUCCCAGGCAGUGGCCCUGGCAGAAGGUUUCCUCCUCAGUCAAGCCCAAGAGAAGAUGCAGGCAGAGCAGGUGUGCAGACCAGCUGUAAAAAUGGAAGAGAAAUUUUGUGAGGCAGAAGGAGCUCAGUCAGAGGAAAGUCAGAGGAUGCAGGCCCAGAAAUGUGCCCAAGAUACCCUGCCAAGUAGUAAAGGCAGUGAAGAGAUAUUGUCAAGUUGUCAACUCUGCAGUGGAGUGCAAAUGUCUGCUCCCCCUCUGGUCCAGUCUCCCUUUUCCUUUGAAGAGAUGGCUGUGUAUUUCACCGAGGCUGAGUGGGCCCUGCUGGAUCCAGGCCAAAAAGCUCUCUAUAGGGAAGUCAUGCUGGAGAACUACAGGAAUGUGGCCUCUCUGGAAGCCAGGAAUGUAACAGAGACUACAGUGGAGAGAGAUGAAGGCCUUGUGUCUGAAGAAUGGCUGGAAAGUUUCUCAGAAAGAUCUCAGGAGCCUCUUUCUUUCCAAAAAGACCUGCCUGCUACAGCAGAUGUAGAAGAGACAGCUGAGGAGUUCCAGGGAUUCUCUUUGGAAAACAUCAAGAAUGAAGAUGUCGAAGGAAACUUCAGUGAUGGAGACAGACCACAGAGGCCGGAGGAAAGCCCCACAGGGAGUGAUGAGAGUUAUGAGGAAGAUGAGGAACCAUAUAAUUUAUUUCCUGAUGAAAUCAAGAAUGAAGACUUGAGGGGAAACUUCAGGAAUCAAGGAAGACCAAAGAGUCAGAAAGGCAGCCACAUGGUCAAGAAGAUGGGUAAACCUAUCCUUUUCCAAGGAGGGGAUUUUCAAGAUGUCAUUUAUAUGGUGGAGGAAACAGACAAGGGUUUGGAAUGUGGAAUGAACGUCUCAGAUCAUGCCCAAUAUAACAUCCAUUUACGAAUGCACAGUGGAAAGAAGACCCAUGAAUACCUAGAGUGUGGAAAGACCAUGAUUCACAGAAAACAUGCAGGAGAGAAACAUCAUAGGUGUUCAGACUGUGGCAAAAGCUUCUCAGAGAAAGCAGAACUUGUUCAGCAUCAAGGGGUUCACUCAGAAAAAAAGCUAUUUUUCUGCUCAGACACUGCAAUGGCAUUUUCUGAGGGAGAAAAACAUAAUGUACACUUCCCAAAUCACAGUAUAAUGAAGGCACUUAAAUGCUUUCAGUGUGGAAAAUACUUCAGAUACAGAUCACAGCUCAAUGUGCACCAGAAGAUCCACAGAGGGAAGAAAAUUUUUGAAUGCUCAGAGUGUGGGAAGAGAUUCAAUCACAGUAGCAUUUUCCAACAGCAUCAAAGAACCCACACAGGGGAGAAGCCUUUUGAAUGCUCAGUGUGUGGGAAGAGAUUCAGUUGCAGUGGCAGUUUUCAGCAGCAUCAGCGAACCCACACGGGGGAGAAGCCUUUUGAAUGCUCAAAGUGUGGGAUGAGAUUCAGUCAGAGUGGCCAUUUUCAACAGCAUCAUCGAACCCACACAGGGGAGAAACCCUUUGAAUGCUCAGAGUGUGGGAAGAGAUUCAGUCAGAGUAGCACUCUACGACGUCAUCAACGAACCCACACAGGGGAGAAGCCCUUUGAAUGCUCAUAUUGUGGAAAGAGAUUCAGUCGCAGAGGCCAUUUUCAACAGCAUCAACGAACCCAUACAGGAGAGAAGCCUUUUCAAUGCUCAGAUUGUGGGAAGAGAUUCAGUCGCAGUAGCACUCUUCAACACCAUCAAAUAACCCACACAGGGGAGAAGCCCUUUGAAUGCUCAGAGUGUGGGAAGAGAUAUAGUCAGAGUGGUUCUCUUCAACAGCAUCAACGAACCCACAAAGGAGAGAAGCCUUUUGAAUGCGCAGAGUGUGGAAAGACAUUCAGUCAGAGUGGCCAUUUUCAUCUGCAUCAACGAACCCAUAAAGGAGACAAGCCCUUUCAAUGCUCAGAGUGUGGGAAGAGAUUCAGUCAUAGUAGCACUCUUCAACACCAUCAAAUAACCCACACAGGGGAGAAGCCCUUUGAAUGCUCAUAUUGUGGGAAGAGAUUCAGUCGCAGUAGCAAUCUUCAAUACCAUCAAAGAACCCAUACAGGGGAGAAGCCUUUUGAAUGCUUAGAGUGUGGAAAGAGAUUCAGUCAGAGUGGCCAUUUUCAACAGCAUCAACAAGCCCAUACAGGGGAGAAGCCCUUUAAAUGCUCAGACUGUGGGAAGAGAUUCAAUCGAAGUGGCAGUCUUCAACAGCAUCAGCGAACCCACACAGGGGAGAAGCCCUUUGAAUGCUCAGAGUGUGGGAAGAGAUUCAGUCAAAGUGGCAGUUUUCAGCAGCAUCAGCGAACUCACACUGGGGAGAAGCCCUUUGAAUGCUCAGUGUGUGGGAAGAGAUUCAGUCACAGUGGCCAUUUUCAACAGCAUCAUCGAACCCACACAGGGGAAAAGCCCUUUGAAUGCUCAGAAUGUGGGAAGAGAUUUAGUCAGAGUAGCACUCUUCAGCGUCAUCACAGAACCCAUACAGGGGAGAAGCCCUUUGAAUGCUUAGAAUGUGGGAAGAGAUUCAGUCGCAGUGGCCUUUUUCAACAGCAUCAACGAACCCACACAGGGGAGAAGCCUUUUGAAUGCUCAGAGUGUGGGAAGAGAUUCAGUCAUAGUAGCACUCUUCAAAAGCAUCGACGAACCCACACAGGGGAGAAGCCCUUUGAAUGCUCAUAUUGUGGGAAGAGAUUCAGUCAGAACAGCACUCUUCAACACCAUCAGCAAACCCAUAUACAGGAGAAACCCUUUGAAUGCUCAGAGUGUGGGUAGAGAUUCUGUCAGAGUGGUGCUCUUCAACACCAUCUAUGAGCCCACAUAAGGAGAAACUAUGUAUCUAACUUCAGAAAGGAUACAGGCAAAUCCAAUUAACAAUAUUAUUUUUUACUCAAGGUUUGAACAGCCUUACAGUGUUUCUGUUAUUUUACAGUCUUUGAUAACUGACAUACCUUGCUUUGAAUUUUUGCAUGAGACUUUGUGGUCAGCAUCUGUGCUGUACUAAUCUUGAGUGUGCUGUUUAGUUGUGUAUCUUUAAGCUAAGAAUGUACUUUUGAUUUAUGGUCAUUUAUCAUAGAAAUUAGCUAAAUGAGCUGUUCACAAUGUACGUUGUCCCAAUCAUAUUUAUGUAUUUAUCCCAUGCGAAGUUACCCAAAGAAAGCAUAUCCUAUAAAUAAUUCUCCUGUUGUGGUGGCAAA